AGGCGGAGGCUGGGCCGGGCGCUGGCUGCUUCUCGGUGGUGCGGGGGUGAAGCUUUAGCUCCGAGCCCCCACUUCGGAAGGAGAGCCAGCUGGCGACUCCUGCAGCCGUGACCCUCUCGGGGGUCUCCCCACGCUCGCCCCAGCGCGAUGCAGCUGGCCGGCCGCUGGCUGCUGCCGCGUCUGCCCCGGGCACCCCCACGGUCCGCUGCUGCCCAGAUACUGUGUGUAAGUCCAACUGGAAAUAGGAAAUACCAUCCAUCACGCCUUUAUAGUGUACUGGUGCCACCUGAUGAAGUAGUCAUUAAUUACAGAUAUGGGCUUCCUUUGCUAACGCUAACUUUGCCAUCGAGACAGGAGCGCUGUCGGUUUACAAUCAAACCAAUGUUAACCACGGUUGGUUCAUUCCUCCAGGACAUCCAGAAUGAGGAUAGAGGUAUUAAAACUGCAGCUGUCUUCACCACAGAUGGGAAUAGUAUUCCAACUUCAACCCCAAUGGAGAUUUUGCUUCUGAAUGAUUUUAAACUGAUGAUAAAUGACAAGACAUAUGAUGUGCAAUGUCCUAGAAAAGGUGAGAAGCCAUGA